AUGCCCUCCUUGUCUGAGUUACACUUGUUUGAUUGUCAUCUCCCCAACUUUCCAAAAGCUAUACAGAAUAUAAAUUUUACUUCCCUCUUGGUCCUCGAUCUCUCUUUUAACGAGUUUCACUCUUUGUUGCCUCUAUGGCCUUUCAAUAUUAGUACUCUUGUGGAAUUCAAUGUUAGUUUAAACAAUUUUACGAGUUCCAUUGUCAAUGCUGCUUUGGGAAACUAUAGUAACCUGCAAUCACUAGAUCUAUCUUCUAGCUCAGUUAAUGGUGACAUAAGUGAACUUUUAGAGGGAUUGUCUGGGUGUUGUAACAGUAGCUUGAAGGAGUUGAUAUUGGGGUCCAACAAAUUUAAUGGGAAGUUGCCCGAUUCGUUGGAACACUUGAAUUAUUUGAGAUCCCUUGUACUGAAUGAUAAUCUGAUCUCAGGUCCAAUUCUAGAAUCUAUUGGAAGGUUGUUUUUUCUAAAGGAAUUGGACCUUUCUUUUAAUGAGAUGAAUGGGUCUAUCCCUACAAGUUUAGGAAGACUCACAGAGUUGACUAAAUUGCAACUCUUCCAUAAUUCUUGGAAAGGCCUCGUGUCCCAAAACCAUUUACAGGGUCUUGCAAAACUACGAGUUUUCUCCGUAUCUUCAGACACAACUUGCGUUUUUGAUGUGACACAUGAAUGGAUUCCUCCAUUUAGUCUGUUAGCUAUCCAAAUCAGCAACUAUCUGUUGGGUCCAAAAUUUCCAACAUGGCUGAGAAAUCAGAAAGAACUUUUAUCCAUUGUCCUCACAAAUGUCUCCAUUUCAGAUACAAUACCUGAUUGGUUUUGGAAAUUGUCGAUGCAGAUUGACAUGCUCUAUUUAUCUAACAACCAAAUUGGCGGUGUUGUUCCCAACUCAUUAGGAUUUUCCUUGGUGGACUUGAGUUUCAAUCACUUGGAAGGCACAAUCCCACUCUGGCCUAACAUAACGUUUCUCUUUCUGAACAACAAUUUAUUUUCAGGAGCAAUUCCUUGGACUAUUGGCAGUGUCAUGUCAUUGUUAAUCACGCUUAAUCUUUCUGGGAACUCUCUAAAUUGUACCAUUCCUUUGUCCAUAUGUAAAUUGAAUGCUUUGAUUGGAAUCUAUCUUUCUGACAAUCAUCUAUCUAGACAAAUUCCCAUCCAUUUGGGGGACUUGCGAGUUCUUGGGAGCAUAGAUCUGUCCCAAAACAAUCUCUCUGGCCAUGUUCCUGAAUUAAUGUGCUCGCUAUCAUUUCUUUAUUGGUUGAGGUUGAGUGGUAACAAUCUUUCUGGCGAACUCUCUUGGUUGAAGAAUUGCAAGAGUUUGAACACUCUUGAUCUUGGAGAUAACAAAUUUUCCUGGAACAUACCAGGAUGUGAAAGGAAGACAAUUUGGGUAUACCAGCUUUCGAGUAAUAAUCUAUCUGGGGAAAUCCUAGAAGAGAUAACAAAUCUAUCAGACUUGGGUACCUUGAAUUUAUCAAGAAACCAAUUGACAAGAAAGAUACCAAAGAAAAUUGGAGAAUUGCGAUGGUUAGAAACGCUAGACCUUUCGAGCAACCACAUCUCCGGUUCAAUUUCUUUAACCAUGUCUUCUUUAACAUCACUGAGCCAUUUGAACUUGUCAUACAACAACCUUUCCGGGUCAAUUCCUUCAACCAAUCAGUUCCAGACUUUCAAUGAUCCAUCCAUUUAUGAAGGUAACCCGGAACUUUGUGGGCUCCCAUUGUCAACCAAGUGUUCUGCUGCAAUUGAUGUUGAUGCAAAAGACAAAGAUGGCAAAAAAAUGGUGGACAAUAUGGAAGACGAGUAUGAUGAGUUGUGGUUCUAUCUUAGCACAGGAGUUGGAUUCGUUGUAGGAUUUUGUGUUGUUUGUGGCACUUUGGUACUAAAAAGGUCUUGGAGACAUGCUUAUUUUCGUUACCUAGAUGUUACCCAGAUGAAGUGA